AUGCACAUCUUCGACCAGACGGUGGCCAGCCUCCAGUCAGCCAUUUGCCUGUACAUUCUGUUGAACUGGCAGCGCGAGAAGGUGCUGGGCAACUUCAUCAACCAGAUCAACAACAACACGCUCGGCGCCGGCCUCGCCAAGCACUAUUCGCUGAUCCGCAAUACGAGACUGGUGAUGUUCACGACGGUGAGCGUGUGGACGUUCGGCUGGAUCGCCUACUUCGGGCUGUUCUAUGCCUGGAACCACUCCUGUUGGCCGGGCGUGGCGUUCAACCUGUUCGUCGACCCGAACCUGAACCUGGCCGCGUUCCUGAUCGUCGUCUACAGCGAGAUCUGCUGCAUCGUCGCCAAGACGUUCAUGGCGCUCACCUACGUCAUCAUUCUUGUCGAGUUCCUGAGCUUAAACAUAGACCUCGUCAACGACGUGAACCUCAAUCAGUUGGCCGUGCAACGGCACUACUUCGGAAUCCACGGCAAGUUGAGGCAGACUCUGCAGUACCUCAAUCAAUCGUACCAGCCGUUCAACACUGCCACCCUGGUGCUCGACGCCAGCCUCAUUCAACUGAACACACUGGUGCUAUUGUCUCAGCCGGUAGAACUGUUCGACGCCAUAUUUGCCGCCACCACCACCUCCUUUGCAUUCAUAGAAAUUCUGUUCUUAGCCUCGUUGUCCACGUGUUUGAAGGCAAAGGUUCGGUUCAUAUUCGACCGCAUCCACUACCUUAGCGCGACCAGCUUACACUGGGAGCACGAAGUAAAGAAAAGCACGUUCUACCUUCAAAGCAUGAACUUGUUUCAGGCAGGGAUUGCGGUCGGCCUAAGUUCCACCCUCACCGUUAACACCCUCAUUAAGGGUCUAGUUGGUUUUAGCAUGAUCACUGGAUUUCUGAUCACCUUCCGCGUCUAG